AGUACCUACGCACAGAGAUACCAUCAGUAGCUUUCCGGUGCUUACAUAUAUACCGUUAUCGCAUAAUGACGCCUCUUUGUGCUUAGGGAAUUGAUUCAAAGCUAAGCCGAAAAUCCUCGAGCUCUCCGUCCAACGCUGUUUUUUAAAAUAAUCAAUGCUGACGUGGACACGAAACAGACGAAAAUUACCUUACGAGAGGUUUUUUUGUGAGAAUGACUAGCUUUGUGUGUACAAGAGACAAUAGUUGUACAUACUGUUAAACAAUCAAGUGCAGUAUAAUGAUUUAAAGCCACGUCGUCUUAAUAAAACUUGGAAGUAUGGAUUACGAAAGGAAUAACCGAAAUAAUGGAAGCGUUGGAAAUGACAGAGAUGUCGACUGGUCGAGAUUCGGACUCAACAACACAGAAAACAGACGGUCCUCCAGAUCUGACAGAGGACACGAUGAAUUGGGUUCGGACAUGUAUCAAACUGGAACAAAUGAACUCUUUGCACAAGAAUAUAACUCAGAUCCGUGGUGGAAGUCAAACUUUUUCAUAUCUCAGCCAGCUCUGUUUGGUACCUGGGAUGGAGUUUUCACUUCUUGUCUCAUUAACAUUUUUGGCGUCAUAGUUUUUCUACGGUCCGGCUGGAUUGUUGGAGAAGCUGGUGCACUGAAUGCCGUGUUCAUAAUACUUUGUACAGUAUGCGUUGCAUUGGUGACAGUACUUUCGGCAGUUGGAAUUUGUGAGAGAUGUAGAGUAGAAAGUGGUGGUGUGUAUUUUUUACUGUCACAUGUACUGGGCUCGAGGUUUGGAGGGUCGAUUGGUUUACUGUAUUGUUUUGGCCAGGCUGUGGGCUGUGCCCUAAACGUCUUGGGUUUUGGAGAAUCUAUGGCUAGACUGGUUGGUCUUACAUCCCCUUGGGGACAACGAGGCUUCGCUUGCGCGGCAGUGAUACUUUUAUCCGUAAUAAAUGUGGCAGGUGUGAAAUGGGUUAUCAAGCUUCAGUUUAUGCUUUUGUUGAUCCUGCUGUUUGCUGGGCUUGAUUUCAUCAUCGGAAGUUUUACGCAUAAGGAUCUAACGGCUGGCUUUCUCGGGUGGUCGACGGAAAAUCUGAUGAACAAUAUGCUUCCAUCGGAGGAGAAUGGUUCCAGCUGGUUCACCGUAUUCGGAGUUUUCUUUCCCACCGUGACUGGCGUCCUCGCCGGUAUAAACAUGAGCGGUGAUCUCAGGCAUCCGUCCACCGACAUACCCAAUGGUACACUGGCUGCACUUGGUCUGAGCACUGUUUUGUAUCUCUGUUUCUCGCUGUUUCUCGCUGCGACGUGCACGCGAGAAGUACUACUUCAUAAUUACAACAUCGCCUCGACUGUCUCCGCAAUAUCCGUUCUCUUGCUAGCCGGGCUUUAUGUUUCGUCAUUUAGCAGCUGCCUGGGUGCAAUGUACGGGACGCCUCGCGUUCUCCAAUCAAUCGCCAGCCAGAACGUCAUUCCUGGAAUUAGCUGCUUACAAAGAGGCAGGGGACCAAAUAAAGUGCCGCUAUACGCAAUGCUGGUCGUAGCCAUUGUGACAUUAUCAUUCAUCAUGGUAGGACAAAUUAAUACUCUCGCACCGAUAGUCACGAUGUCGUUUUUACUUACGUACGCAUGCAUGGAUUUUGCGUAUUUCGCUCUUGCUCAAACAUUCGAUUUGAGACACUCGCGUGAACAGAGGUUUUCCGUGCAAUCGCCUUCUGCCGACAGGAGUUACGGUACUUCGGACAGAAACGUCCUUGUCGAGGCUGAAAAUGAUCUCGAUAGUCUCUUCCCUGAGAGAACAAGGCACAAAAAUCUUGUGAGAAAUGCAAGUAUCGAUAGUAAUGGUAUCAUAGAUUCAUCCCCGAGUGUGGAAGACAAUAACAGCGUGACCAGUGAAAUACAAAAAAAAGUACACAUUCACGGAAAAUUAGGCAAUUGGUACAGUCCGUUUUGCAACAGAUGGUUUUCCCUCUUUGGCGCUGUCGUUAAAAUAAUAAUUAUGUUCUUGGUCCAUUGGGGCUACGCGCUGACAAAUAUAAUCGUCUGUUUUCUCAUUUGGAGUUAUAUUGGCCAUGCGAAUCCUGCCGUGAAGCCCGGUGUCUCGGCAGAAUUCAAGUUUUUCCUCUGGUUGAAAAAUGCUCUUCUCAGGAUAAUGGGGAGAACUGUGUACGAUUACGAGCAAAUCGUGGUAACGCCGGUUCAUCCUGGCGUGGAGACGAGCUCAGCACAGCUUAACGAAGAGAACGAAGACUUUGCCGGAAGACGACGAUAUCAUCAGGUAGCCAACGUCACGGGUCAAUAUGUCGCCGUUGAGUAAAUUGUCUUCUGACCCGAUUAGAUUCCAAGGCUUUCUGGCAAUUAAUAGCAUGCGUAUUUUUCAAUUGUCAACUGAGGAUUUUCACAGUACAGAUAAGUAGUGAGAUUAAAUAUUUGAAUGGUCAAAAGAUCAAUGUAUUCAUCAGGAUUGUGUGAAUUGUAAAAGGGAAAGGGAAGUCACUGCAAAGGUAAGCGUUAUUUUGUGAUUCUUAUUUCCUCGAGAAAUGACACGAUUACCGAGAAUCACGCACACGCGAAGCAUGAAAGAGAAUCCCCCCCUUGUCCUUGAGAUAUACAACAGUGUUAACAUACGUGCAUAACUUUUAACCAAAGAAUACAUGGGUCCACUUGAUGCGUAUGCUCUCACGGCUUGAUUAACUUAACAGUACUAUUGACGAGAUUAUUUAUUUAUUUAUUUAUUUAUAACGAUGUAUGCAAGAGGAGAAAAAAAAACAACUAUAUCAAUCAAUGUAUACUCUACCCGUGAGUUUUUGACAUCUGUAAUAAAAUAUUCUGUAUUAUCAUCGAGCAUAAUAAUGUAUGUACUAUAACACUCUGUUUUUAACAGAAACUCUACAAAAGAGAGACCUAUUUCGCGAGUGAUGUGAGUGUUUUUUACUAUUUUUUUUUUAUUCAUGUUUUAAUGAGAGAGAAUAUUUGUUUAAAUUAAUGCAAUAACAAACGUGUGGGUGAAUAAUUUUUCUAUUGAUAACACUUUGGCUAACAAUAAACAAUAGUUACAGUACGAAAUAAAAAAAAUAUUUUAUAAACUUGAAAAUGGUCUUGUGAUUUUCAAAUACUGAUUAAAAAUAAUUAAAAAUUACAGUAGUGUAAAAAAAAUAUA